CAUACUCCAGGUCUGUGCACCCUCUUCAUUCUCUACUAGUCUUCACAUAGCCAGGCAUCAUGUCCAGGGUGGCCAAGUACCGGCGCCAGGUGAGCGAGGACCCGGACAUUGACAACUUGCUGUCCACUUUGUCCCCGGAGGAGAUGGAGCAGCUGGAGCAGGAGUUGGAUGCCGGGGACCCGGACGCUGGCUUGUCUGCGGGGCUGCGCAGGGACCAGACCGAGAGAGCAUCCAGCCAGAGGGAGGCAGAGAAGGAGAGGUUGAACGAAAAAAUAGAACAGUGUAUGGCCAGCUUUAAAAGUGAAAAAUCUUCACAGAAGACACAAGAAGAGAAAAAGAAGGAAGAAAGGGGAAAAGAGCCUGGGACUGGAAAAGAGCCUAGGACUGGAAAAGAGCUUGGGACUGGAAAAGAGCCAGGCCCAACCAAAACACCAGAAGACCAGACUAAGGGAAAAAAAGACACAGACAAACCAAAAGAUGAUCGUGUUAGCAAAAUGAGGGAGAGAUUUAGACAAGAAAAAAAUAUUAGUGCAGUGGAGAAGGAAAAGCAGGAGAAGACUCCAUCUAAAAAGCAGGAAGAAGAAAAGGGUGCAAAGCAAACAGUAAAGGAUAAAGCAGUAAAGGAAAGCACCGAAGAGAAAGCAGAAAAAGUUGUUGGUAAGACUGAAAAGAAGGAAAUGGCAAAGCUUCAGUCUGAAAAUAAAGUGGACAAAAAAACAGUUCCCGACAAGACUCAGGAGAAACAAGAUAAAGCAGAAAGAGUCCAAGCUAAUAAAAAUAUCUCAGAGGAGAAACUACUAGCUGAUCAAGACAAGAAGAAUGCAAAGGAUUCAAGCCAGCAGAAGACUGAAAAUGGUGCUAAGAACACAACAGAAGAGAAUAAGGAUGAUGAUGCAUCAAAACUCUUUGAUGAACUUCUAGAGAAAGUGAAAAAUAAUGAAGCAGAAUUGACGGAGCUCAACCUUAACAAUUCAGAAUGCAUUACCAUAGACACCCUAAUGAGUUUUACAGAGGCCUUAGAGUUUAACACUGUAGUGAAGAUAUUUUCUUUAGCUAACACACGUGCUGAUGACCACAUUGCUUUGGCCAUUGCUGUUUUGCUCAAAUCCAACAAAACCAUCAUUAGUAUCAAUCUGGACUCCAACCACAUUACUGGCAAAGGUAUACUGGCCAUUUUCAGAGCUUUGCAGCACAAUGAUACACUGACAGAACUACGCUUCCAUAAUCAACGUCACAUAUGUGGAGGGAAAUCUGAGAUGGAGAUAGCAAAGAUGCUGAAGGAGAACACUACUCUGUUAAAACUCGGGUACCAUUUUGAGCUGGCUGGUCCCCGCAUGACUGUCACCAAUUUGCUUAGUCGUAACAUGGACAAGCAAAGGCAGCGUAGAAUGGCAGAACAGAAAGCAUUAAAGGAGGCUGAGAGCAAAAAGAACUGUUUGGAAGUACCCAAGGUCAUUCCCCCUCCAAAAGAACCCUCAAAACCAGCAAAACAAGUUCCAAACAAGGUUAAAAAGGAUACUUCCAAAAAGGAUGGAGUACCUGUUCCACCUCCUCCACCUCCACCAAUGGCACCCCUGGCACCACCUCUUGAGAACAUUAGGAAUUCUUUGUCCCCUGCAUCUCGGAGAAGGAUAGAGGAGAAGCCAGGGCCUGCAGAGACGAACACGAGAGACAAACUGCUGGAAUCAAUUAGGUCAAGUAGUAAGAAACAGCUAAAAAAGGUGGAGGUGCCAAAAUGGCUGAAAUAAACAGACAAGCAAGGCUUACCAAAGGGAGCAUUUCCUCUCGUCAUGAACAACUUAAGCAUACCCAUUUGUUUUCUCCAUCCACACCAGUUUUUUGAUGCUUCUUAGGGGCUACUUGCAGCCUCGGCUACCUUCGCUACCCGACAUUCCUUAUAAAUGCAUUUCUUUAUUUUUUCUGGGGGUCUGACGGCUGUUUAUCAGAGACAGGAAAAGGGAUUUCACAGGAGCACAUACCAAGGGCUACAGAUAUGAAAAUGAAUAUGAACAGUAUUUUCUAAGACUGCAUUCCAUUAUAAUUUAAUA